AUGACAUACACCAUUACCGUCCUCUUCCCCAACGAGCCUGAUGCCAAAUAUGAUACGGAAUACUACGUGGCGCACCAUAUGCCCCUCAUUCAACAUCAUUGGAAGAGGUUCGGGGUGCAAAGUUGGUCUGUAACCACCUUCGGCCCUGCCCCGGAUGGAACACACCCUUUUUAUGCAUUUGGAAGCGUUGUUAUUUGGGAUAGCAAGCAAGGUGUCGAUAAAGCCUUCGGCAGCCCUGAGGCGGCUGAAAUCAUGAGUGAUGUUCCAAACUUCAGCAACAAGCAGCCAGUAUUCUUGUUUGGCGCACGAAUUGAGGCAGCAAAAUAG